CACGAUAAAAUAGCCUCAUCUUCGCUAUAUCUAUAAUUCUCUUAUUUGUUUUUUUAAUAAGCUUUAUUUUUUAUAGCUUCCAGGAUUAUAAGGUGGAUUUCUUUAUACGGGUGUUUAAUCACACUUUCAUCUUUUUCGUCAUGGAACAAAGAGGCGGAAAAACACGGAGGGUGCGACAUUGGUUUGCUCUUUUAUUUGCUUUAAACGAAUUUUGGAUCGGAGUUUUUGCACAGCUUAAAUAUUCCAUAUCCGAAGAGGUUCAAGGUGGAACAUUUGUUGGAAAUAUUGCAAAGGAUUUGGGACUGGAUAAGACUCUGCUGAAAGACAGAGGAUAUCGCAUUGUGACAGGAUCAGUCGAACCCCCGUUUGAGGUAAAUACAGAGGAUGGCAUCCUUUAUCUGAAAGGGAAAAUUGACAGAGAGGAGGUCUGCGAACGGAUCAGCCCAUGUUUAAUCAACCUUAAAACCGUGCUAGACAACCCACUUGAGAUUCACUACGUUUCUGUGGAAAUCCUCGAUGUGAACGAUCAUGCGCCCGUUUUUCCAGAGAAAGAGAAAAGGCUUGAGAUUUCAGAGUCGGUUCUACCAGGGGGAAGGUUUCAGUUGCAAGCAGCACGCGACCUUGAUGUGGGUCAAUUUACAGUUCAGCAAUACAAGCUCAGUCAUAACGAAUAUUUCAGGAUAGAAGUCAAAGACCGCGGCGAGGAUCGUAAGGUGCCAUUCUUAGUUCUGUUGAAGCAGCUGGAUAGGGAAACGGUUAGAAGACACAGGCUGCGUCUAACAGCGAUGGAUGGAGGCAAGCCAGCAAAGUCUGGAGAUGUAGAAAUUAUUGUAGAGGUGGUUGAUAUUAAUGACAACUCUCCAGUGUUUACCAAAGAGGUUUACUCCACUUCAAUAGAUGAAAAUAUUUCGAUUGGAACAAUAAUAAUUCAAGUGAAUGCAACGGAUUUGGACCAGGGUGCUAACAGUGAAAUUUCAUAUUCAUUUGGUAAUGAAGUUGAUUCAAAAUUAAUGGAGCUUUUCAGUAUAAAUGAAAACACGGGUGAAAUUAAAGUAAUAGGUCAGAUAGAUUUUGAGAAAAGCAAUAUUUAUGAAAUUGACAUCCAAGCUUCUGAUAAGGGACAGGUUCCCCUUACAAGUGAUAAAACCGUAAUAAUAAGAGUCACUGAUGUCAAUGACAACCCACCUGAGAUAGAAGUGACAUCAUUUACUAGUUUAAUAAGAGAAGAUUCUAAGAUAGGAACUACAGUAGCUUUAAUAAGCGUAAAUGAUUUGGACUCUGGAAUAAAUGGCAAAGUUAUUUGUACAAUUAAAGAAGACGUCCCAUUUUCUUUGACUCAAUCCUUACAAGAAAAUAUGUACGCCAUUGAGACCAAAUCCCACCUUGAUAGAGAAACAAUUUCCCACUAUGAUGUCACAAUCAUUGCGAAAGACGCAGGUGACCCACCAUUUCUAACUGAAAAGACUAUGCAAUUUGUUGUGUCUGAUGUAAAUGACAAUGUGCCGGAGUUUAUAUCAAGCCCUUACAGAGUUUACAUUCCAGAGAACAACAGUCCAGGAGGCUCUGUUUUUUCAGUCAAAGCAUAUGACCGCGACGAUGGUGAUAAUGCUCUUAUUUCUUACCAUAUUUUAAAUACUAAAGGCAGUAAUAAUAAAAUUACUUCGUUUCUUAACAUAAAUGCUGAAACUGGAGACAUAGUUGCACUGAAAAGUUUUGAUUUUGAAGACCUGAAAACUUUCCAGUUUCACGUUAUUGCUGCUGAUUCUGGGACUCCAUCGCUGAGCAGGAAUGUCACAGUGAACGUGUUCAUUCUGGAUCAGAAUGACAACCCUCCUGUCAUCCUAUAUCCAAUCAGCUCCAACGGUUCUGCUGAAGGUGUGGAGGAGAUUCCCCGCAAUGUGAACGCAGGACACUUGGUGACUAAAGUCAGAGCCUAUGAUGCUGAUAUAGGAUAUAAC